AAAAGACAAAUUUCAAAGACAAGAGAGAAGAGAGAGAUAGAGAGCGUGGCCUCUAAUCAACCCAACACCCUCUGUCAAAAACAAGCCUGACUUUCUUCUCCAUCCCCAUUUCUAUCUGCGCAUGUCUCUCUCUUUCUUCUCCAUAAAAAACCAAAUUCUCACUCUCUCAUACCCUAAAGUUUCAACCUUUAAACCCUAAAACCAAAAAAGCUUCAGUCUUUUGCAUCACUUCCCUUAAAGCUUCAACCUUUCUCCGAUUAUGCCGACGUCUGACUCCGGUGAACCACGGCGAAUAGCUAUGAAACCUAACGGCGUAACAGUUCCGAUUUCUGACCAGCAAGAACAGCUUCCAUGUCCUCGUUGUGACUCAUCCAACACUAAGUUCUGUUACUACAACAACUACAACUUCUCUCAGCCUCGUCACUUCUGCAAAGCUUGUCGUCGUUACUGGACUCACGGUGGUACUCUCCGUGACGUUCCUGUCGGUGGUGGUACUCGUAAAAGCGCGAAACGUUCCCGCACUUGCUCGAACUCUUCUUCCUCCUCUGUUUCUGGUGUCGUCUCUAACUCUAACGGUGUUCCGUUACAAACGACGCCUGUUCUCUUCCCUCAGUCGUCAAUCUCUAACGGCGUUACUCACACAGUAACUGAAAGCGACGGAAAGGGAAGUGCUUUAUCUCUCUGUGGAAGUUUCACCUCCACUCUGUUGAACCAUAACGCUGCUGCGACGGCUACGCAUGGAUCCGGUUCGGUUAUUGGUAUCGGAGGUUUUGGAAUCGGACUCGGGUCGGGUUUUGAUGACGUCAGCUUUGGACUCGGAAGAGCGAUGUGGCCGUUUUCAACUGUUGGUACUGCGACAACGACGAAUGUUGGGAGUAACGGUGGUCAUCACGCUGUUCCAAUGCCAGCCACGUGGCAGUUCGAGGGUUUAGAGAGCAACGCUGGUGGUGGAUUUGUCUCCGGUGAGUACUUUGCGUGGCCGGAUCUUUCCAUCACAACUCCGGGAAACUCACUCAAAUGAGAAAAGCUUCUGUCUUCAUCAAAGGGCUUCAAAGUCUCUUCCUUUUUUUAGUCUCUAUUGGUGAUGUUGAUCUCUUAGUUUGUGUCUUGUCAAUUUAGAAACUUGUCUUCGGAAACUAGAAAACAGAGAAAGUUUGUGUUUUUUUGGCUCUAUGUUCUUAACUUUGGUACUUUCUUCUGCUCUGUUUCGUUUAAUUGAUUUCG